AGAAACAAAAAGAAGAUUUCCUGCUGUGUUGGCACUAUGGCUCAGCCCCCUCUGUUCCCAACUCUGACCCCUAGGCUUGUUGACCCAGCCUGGUUCCAGGUGGACAAGCCAGUCGAUCUAGCUCAGGAACUGAAGGAUCAGGAGCAGCUGUAUCAAGAGCAGAUGUUGGCCAUCCAGCAGAAAGGGAGUGAUAUAGUGCCCAUAGGGAAGAGUGCCACGGAGCAGUACAGUGAAGAUGAAGAAGAUGACAAUGAUGAUGAAUACGAUGAUGAUGAUAAUGAUGAUGAUGAGGAAGAAGAUGAUGAUUCUGAAAUGAAUGAUGAUUAUUCCGAUCAGCUGUUGCACUGAAGUGUAGGCUGAGUUAAUAAAG